ACUGGAGAAGGACUGUAGAAGACGAGCGGCAGAGGCGACCGGCCAUCCGCAUCCAUCUCCUCUGAAUCUCCCCUCCUAUCUCUAUUCUGGAUCCCCUCUUCUACACACAGCAGCAGGCAUCAACCCCUACCAGCAGCAGCCAUCUCGUCUCCGUCGGGCGCUCCCGGGCUGCUCCUCUUCUUCACUGAUGGCUAAUUAUCAGAACUAUGAGCAAGUAGGUCGGAACUAUGACCAAGUAGGCCCUCGUUCACAAUCACAAGGAUUCAGUGAUGUUGAAGCUAAUCGAUUGACUUCACUGCCUUCUCAACAUAUAGGUACCAUAAAGCCCUGUUCAAGAGCUAAAUGGAGUCGCGAAAUGAAGGUGUCUCUUAUUCAGCUCUUGAAAGAUCAUGAUGUACCUGGUUAUCGAACACACAAUGCAUGGAGCAAGGAAGCAUGGACAAGUAUUACUUCUCAACUAAAUACCAAGUUUGGCAUGUCGUUUAAUGUUAACCAAGUCAAGCAAAAGGAGCAAGAUUUGAAAAAAGCUUAUCGGAGUGUAAAAGAUUUGAUAGCAGAAAGUGGCUUUGGAUGGGAUAAAGAUAGAAUGAUGGUAGAUGCACCGGCGAGUGUUUGGGCUGCAUUUGUUGCUCGCAAGAACAGCAAGGACGCCCUGUUUCCGAGAAGUUCAAGUCAAAAUCGCAGGCAACCAUAACAUUCUGCGAGAUUGCUUGCUUCCUAUUUCUGUAUGGUUCUUGCUCAUCCAAUGGAAGCUUCAUAGGGAUGUGAGUACCGUCUAUAGCACCAAUACAGUUCUGCACAAAAACAAGGCACAUCCGUGUUAGAAAUUUGUAUCUAGUUCAUACCAAAUCAUGUUAAAAUCAGAAUGUUUCAAGAUUUUGAUACCUUAAAAAAGGGAUAGAACUUUGGUUUGCUCAAUACUGGAUGUGGGUGUAGAGAAGGUGGACAUAUGUAGAUAGUUGUGAGAUUGGUGAUUGCUUCAAGCACUCUUUUAAAAUGUCGAUGUAUUGUAUCUGGGCUAUGCUGAAACCAAUCUUGAAGUGUUUCAUUGGUCGCAUUUUUUGCCACUCCAUACAAAAAUAUAGCAACUUGCUCUUCUACUGAAAGAUAUGUUGUAUCAGCUAGAUAGCUUUUCUCACGCAGUUUAUUGACUAGUGCCUGAAAAACAGGAACCUCCAUGCGGAAAUUCCUUUUGCAUAAACUUUCAUGUCCUGUUAAAAUCUCAUGAACACGACAACCCCCCGUAAGCUUUGAUGUGUGCAUUGGUCUCCUACUAGAAGAUGAUUGUGAUGUAUCUCCUAAAGUAGGGAGAACAAAAUGAAUGAACUCAUCGUCGCUUCCUGAUCUACGUUGGUAGCUCGAAUACAUGGUGUACAGUUGUUAAGAAGUUCGUCU